AUGUUUGACGGAGACCAGUGCUCCGCUGUUUGACGAGUUUGUCGUGGAAUGCCCGGAGUACCACCCUCGGAUCCUCUGCAUCUUGACUCAUUUGAAAUCAACCAGCCUUCGAUAAAUUACGCGAUAACUGAUGCUACUCUUUCUAGAUUCAAGAACUGCGCGGUGGAAACAGUAAGGAUCAACGCAAAAGAAUUGAAAUAUGAUUAUCACAUUGGAUGUCCACAUCUCACUCUAGAGUCGGGAUAUGAAAUCAAGGGCAAAGUAGGCGAUAAAUCAGUCGAAGGAAAAGGCACUUCAACUACUGAUUUCUACGACUAUCAUUUGCUAUUUGAUGGCGAUUUUUCCAGCAGAAAUGGUGAAAAUGGAACAGUAUUCCUCCAUUUGGUAAAUCACAACUUGAAAAUAGUAGUCAAAGAAAACGUGAAGUAUGACUACAAGAACUUAUUUGAUGGUGAUAAACAAAAAUCUGAUGCAUUCCUCAAAUUCGUCAAUGAAAACUGGCAAAUAAUGGACAAAACGAUAAACGAACCGGUGAUAAACGCUUUUAUGAAUAUUUACAUCGACAACGUCAAUGCAUACUUAAACAUUGUGCCUGUUCAACGCUUGUUUUCCUACGAAGCAUAAAUCGUUCAAUAUUAUUUGCAGAUCAAUGUCUUGCUUCAAUAUAAUAAUCCACAAGCAUG